UCCGCGUUGCUCUCGGGCCGCCUCUCACCGGGCGUGAGCUACUCGAACCCCCCGUCCCCGCCCUAACCCCGGCCUGGGGCGCGAGGGUCCCUCGGAGGCGCGGCGGCCCUUCGGCUCCGGGGGUGGGGGUGGGGAUGCCGCCCGGGAGUGCGCUGGUAGCACUUGCCUGCGGAUGCCAGCUUUGCUCACCUACUGCUUAUCUGAUUGUGAGUGAAAAUCCAGAGGAAGACAGUUGUCAGCUGAGCUGUUGACAAUGCAGCCACAGGAGUUAAUGACCUUCCAAGAUGUAGCUGUAGACUUCACCCAAGAAGAGUGGGCAUUGCUUGACACAUGCCAGAGAAAGCUAUUCACAGAAGUGAUGCUGGAGAAUAUCAGUCAUCUGGUCUCAGUAGGAUGUCAGGUCUGCAAAUCAGAUAUGCUUUCCCAGUUGGUACAGGGAGAGGAAGUGUGGAGAGAAGGAAUAGGAUUUCUCCAAAACCGGAGUCCAGGCAGGAAAAGUGCCCGUGAAAAGCAAGAAAUGAUAUUCAUGCAACUUACCUGCAGCAAAGACAAUUCUAACAUUAUGUCAUUGCAGGUAUCUCACAUGCAAAAGAAUUCCUUUAAAUAUAAUUUUUUGCAAGAAGAUUGCACUCUCAGAUCCACAGUGAUGCAACAUCCAUUAAUUCCCAUAAGAAAGACAUCAUAUUUAACCAUACCAUUUGGCCAUAUCCUCAGUGACCAGUCUUCUUUUAAUCAACAUAAGGAGAUUUUCACUGGAAGUAAAUCAUACGAAUACCAUCGAAGUGCUAAAGCCUUUAUUAGAAGCUCUGGCCACAGACAAUAUAAUGGAACUCAAACUAGAAAUAAAUCAUUUGAAUGCCUUCUGUGUGGGAAAAGGUUCAUUAAAUUUUUUUACCUUAGACAACAUGAGAGAAUUCACACUGGAGAGAAGCCCUAUGAAUGUAAUCUAUGUGGAAAAGCCUUCAGUCAAGCUUCUCAUCGUCAGCAACAUGAGAGAACUCACACUGGAGAGAAACCGUAUCAGUGCCAUCUAUGUGGGAGAGCCUUCAGUAGAUAUUCUGUUCUUAGAAUUCAUGAGAGGAUUCACACUGGAGAGAAACCCUAUGGAUGCCAUCUAUGUGGGAAAGCCUUCAGUCUAUUUUCUGGCCUUAGACGACAUGAGAGAACUCACACUGGAGAGAAACCGUAUGGGUGCUGUCUAUGUGGUAAAACCUUCAGUGAAUACUCAUGUCUUAGACGACAUGAGAGAACACACACUGGAGAGAAACCAUACGAAUGCCAUAUAUGUGGGAAAACUUUCAUGCGUUGUUCUGACCUCAGACGACAUGAAAGAAUUCACACUGGAGAGAAACCUUAUGAAUGCCAUGUAUGUGAGAAAACCUUCAAUCAAUAUGCUUAUCUUAGACAACAUGAGAAAACACAUAGUGGAGAAAAACCCUAUGACUGCCAUACCUGUGGGAAAGCCUUCAUUCGUUGUUCUGACCUCAGACGACAUGAGAGAACUCACACUGGAGAGAAACCCCAUGAAUGUCAUCUGUGUGGGAAAGCUUUCAGUCAGAGUUCUGCCCUCAGGCAACAUGAGAGAAUGCACAGUGGACAAAAGCCAUGAGUGUCAUCUCUGUGGGAAAACCUUAAUUUUUCUAUCCUUAGACAACAUAAAAUUAUUCAAACUUGAGAGAAACCCUGAGUUUCAUCAGUGUUGGAAAACUUUCAGUCAAUAUUCUGACCUUUGAUGGAAUGAGAGAAGUCACACUACACAUUUUGAAUAUGCAAGAGAUUUCAGCCAUAGCUUUAACCUUUAAAUAUACAAAAAAAAAAAAAAAAAAAUCACAUCCUGAAAAAACAU